AAAAAAUUUUAAACACAGGCAUAAAUUUACUGAAUUACAAAUGUAUUUGAUAACUGCAGCAGUACAGCACAGUUAAAUACACCAAUAGUUUCAUAAACUUGGUCAAACAUGUUAAAACAACUUUAAUUUGUUCAGUCAGUGUAAUUAGCAAUCUUACUGACAAUGUAAAAUAAGUAAAGAAACUGAUAAAACAAUGUAAAAAUAAACUGCAUCAAACCUUUUGAACAGUUCAGAAAGUGCAGUUAGAAAUUCUAAAUAUAUCAAUAAAGUUAUGCAUAUAUGCAUGCACCAUUAAUGCAGUAUUAAUGGUGCAUCUAAUCACUAUUACCUGUGCACUUUUUCCUUCCACACAUUUUUCCAACAACAUGAUUGGAUACUGCAGCUUCCCCUGCAUGUGUGAAACGUCCAGGCUGCAGAUUAGAGAUUAACUGAGGAUGGAUGAAGGUCGUUGUCUCUGACAGCGUCAGGCUUUUACUGUAUGAAAUGAGUCCAGAUGUCUCUUCAAAAUGGGAAAGAGAGGUGAACACGCUGCUGCCCCCAACAGGCUGAUAUCUGCAGUGAGCAGCUGGGCGUCCAUGUUGUGUUUCUGCUGAUGAACGACGUGUUAAUGUGUUGCACUAAUUCACUCUUCUUCCUCUGCACAUCUCUCUCUCCAUGUUGUUGGUCUGCUUGAUUUGCAUUUGAGAAGGAAGGCGGGCAUCCUGCCCAGCCUGGAGGAUCUGCUGUUCUACACCAUCGCAGAAGGACAGGAGAAGAUCCCGGCUCACAAGUUCACCACCGCUCUGAAAUCCACGGGGCUUCGGACCGGAGACCCUCGGCUCAAAGAGUGCAUGGAGAUGCUGAAGGUCACCUUGAAGACGACCUCAGACGGAGCGCUGGACCGACACCUCUUCAAGAAGUGUGUCCAGAGCAACAUCGUCCUGCUGACUCAGGCCUUCAGGAAGAAGUUCGUCGUCCCAGACUUCCAGUCCUUCUCCACCCACAUCAAUGACAUCUAUGACAACGGCAAAAAACUGUCAGGAGGGCAGGUGGCGGACUACAUUCCUCAGCUGGCUCGCUUCAGUCCCGACCUUUGGGGCGUCGCGCUGUGCACCGUGGACGGACAACGGCACACGGUGGGAGACACCAAGGUCCCCUUCUGUCUGCAGUCGUGUGUGAAGCCGCUGAAGUACGCCAUCGCCGUCCACGACCACGGCACCGAGUACGUGCACCGCUUCAUCGGCAAGGAGCCCAGCGGGCUGAGGUUCAACAAGCUGUUCCUGAACGAGGAUGAUAAACCCCACAACCCCAUGGUGAACGCCGGCGCCAUCGUCUGCACCUCCCUCAUCAAGCAAGGAGCCAGCAACGCCGAGAAGUUCGACUACGUGAUGAACUUCAUGAACAAGCUGGCAGGAAACGAGUACGUUGGCUUCAGCAACGCCACUUUCCAGUCGGAGCGCGAGUCCGGAGACAGGAACUUCGCCAUCGGCUACUACCUGAAGGAGAAGAAGUGUUUCCCUGAAGGAACCGACAUGACCUCCAUCCUGGACUUCUACUUCCAGCUCUGCUCCAUCGAGGUGACCUGCGAGAGCGCCAGCGUCAUGGCCGCCACGCUCGCCAACGGCGGCUUCUGUCCGAUCACGGGCGAGCGCGUGCUGAGCCCCGAGGCGGUCCGCAACACGCUGAGCCUCAUGCACUCCUGCGGCAUGUACGACUUCUCCGGCCAGUUCGCCUUCCACGUGGGGCUGCCGGCGAAAUCUGGCGUAGCCGGCGGGAUUCUGCUGGUGGUUCCCAACGUGAUGGGCAUCAUGUGCUGGUCUCCUCCACUGGACAAACUGGGAAACAGCGUGAGAGGGAUCCAGUUCUGCACGGACCUGGUUUCUCUCUGCAACUUUCACAACUACGACAACCUGAGGCACUUCGCCAAGAAGCUGGACCCCCGCAGGGAGGGAGGAGACCAGAGGGUGAAGUCGGUGAUCAACCUGCUGUUCGCCGCCUACACCGGAGACGUGUCGGCCCUGCGCCGCUUCGCUCUGUCCUCCAUGGACAUGGAGCAGAGGGACUACGACUCCCGGACGGCGCUGCAUGUGGCGGCGGCUGAAGGUCACGCUGAGGUGGUCCGCUUCCUGCUGGAGGCCUGUAAGGUCAACCCAGUCCCCAAAGACAGGUGGGGCAACACGCCGAUGGACGAGGCGGUGCACUUCGGCCAUCAUGAUGUGGUCACCAUCCUCAGAGACUACCACACCCAGUACAGCCCUCAGGAUGCCGCUGCCACCGCCGCCGCCGACCCACAGAGCGCCGAGAAGAACCUGGACGGCCUGCUGUGACUUCCUGAAGGCUCCUUCAGUAUAAAAGCUCCUCAUCAUGUUUGUUAUCUGUUCUCCCAGUAAAAUAAUCGAUUUUUACUUCCUCCUCUGGGUCCAACCAUGAAUCAAUCAAUUAUUCUGGAAACAGGAAGUGGAGUAGGCGUUGAUGGUGUGACCCUGACCCGGUGGUGUGUUCUGUAUAUAAGACGUGUAAAUAUGUUCAGCUGUUAAACUGUUUUCCUGUAAAACUUUAUUUCCUCUCUUAUUUCUCUCUUCUGUUUGAACAUGAAGCCGUUUGUACAUAUCAGAAGAGACACUGCCAGACUGAAUGGACCGGUUCUGACCGGGCCGCAGUCAGAAGGGACCAAUAUUCAGGUGGCAGGAAGGGUUACCGACGGUAACGACCUUCACCAGAACCAGUAAGACCUGCUGGGUGAAGUUCUGGUCCAAGAUUUGGCUGAAACCUGAAUAUUCUCCCUGCUGAUGCCACGUUUGAGGUGUGUGUGUAUCUCUGUGUGUGUGUGUGUAGGUGUGUGUGUGUGUAGGUGUGUGUGUGUGUCUUUCCGAUGCAGAUUGUUUCUGACUCAUACCUGAAGAGUCCGGUUCUGUUUUUGUGCUGAAAGUUUGAAACAAUCAUGUUUUAGUUGUUUUUUCUCCCAAAUCCAAACUUUAAAAAAAGGAGGAUCAUUCCAGAAUCAGGUCAGAACCGGCCGGUAGUCUGGUCAGAACCGGCCGGUAGUCGGGUCAGAACCGGCCGGUAGUCGGGUCGAUGGUGGCGGAGGAAGCACAAAGCGGCGGCGCGGUCCGAGCUGCAGCUCUUUGGAUCAUGUGACGUUUAGUUUCUUUCUGAAUGUAACGUGUUUGUUCUGGUUCUUCUUCAUGUGUUUUUAUGCCGCUGCGCCACCAGCAGAUAUUUAUUCACACCCAAAUAAAAACUAAAUAUGAAAAACAA